ACUGCAGUCCGGAGGUAGCUUUGCAAGCUAUCAGCGACGGAUAACUCCAGACGAAGUAAUUGCAGCGAACGAAGAGUAUCCGCCUGCGACAAGUGCUCCACCGUAUGUGGCCAGCCUUCGAGGCUUGCUCGCUCGCCGGAUCUAGCUCGUGGCUCGACAGCAAGACAGCCGACUUACCGGCAGCACUGACAAAAGCAACACUUUCUUUCCUCAGCGCUUAUGCCGCAAUGCAUCUACAUUGUCUCGCUUUUCGAUCUCGCCAGGCUAGUCAGAUCAUGCUCCCACGCACUCCUGUCAAAUUACAUUCUGAGCAGUCGUGGAAGACGUGCUGGCCGUCUUUGGACUGGACGCUGUCGACUACUCAUCGCUCAAAGUGCGCCGAAGAGCUAUGCGAAUAUAAAAGAGCAUCUUUCAGUCGGUUGCUGCCUCAGUCAAGGUAGCGAGCCUAGAAAAUGCUCGAAUAUCCCCGAUUCUACCUUAUUCUGGCAUCUCUUGUCUUCCUUCGUUUUGAAUUCCAUAUUCCCCGGGCAGUUUCCGGCUGACUUUGUCUGUGAGUGGGUGGAACAUCAGCCUCUACCGGCCACGGCGCUCUCGGUAGUGACUUGACAUAGUCAUUGAGCGAGACUCUAUCUGCAGCUGAUACGACAAAACGAUCUAAGGAUGCGCCGGGAUAAUGCGUCCUCCGCUGACGACUCUGCCGUUCAUUUCUUAGCACGCGAC